AUGUUCAAGCCACUCAUCCAUUCUCACCUCUGCUUCACAAGAAUCAUCAUUCCAUUUUCCCCCAAACAAUACUCUACCCAGAUACAUACUGUUGGUAGCUUCUUCAAUCCCAAACCCUUGACCAGUUUCGUGAAAAGAACAUUCUCUCACAUAUACCAACAAUGUUCACAUCAAAAGGCCCUCGAUCAUGGAAAAGAAGCACAUGCUCAUAUGAUUGUAUCCGGGUUUCUACCUACUGUCUUUGUUACGAAUUGUUUGAUCCAGAUGUAUAUCAAAUGUUCCAACUUGGAGUAUGCCCAUAAGGUGUUUGAUAGAAUGCCUCAAAGAGACACGGUUUCUUGGAACGCCAUGGUUUUUGGGUAUGCUGGGAGUGGGUGCAUGAGCAUGGCUCAGAUGAUGUUUAAUUUGAUGCCUCAAAGAGAUGUGGUUUCGUGGAAUUCUUUGAUUUCAGGGUACUUACAGAAUGGUAGUUGUUGGAAAUCGAUCGAAGUUUUUAUGCAGAUCCAAAGAGAGGGUGUGGGGUUGGAUGCGACCACAUUUGCUGUGGUUUUGAAGGCGUGUUUGGGCUUGGAGGAUUAUGGAUUAGGGGUUCAGAUUCAUGGACUUGUUGUUCGGAUGGGGUUUGUUCAUGAUGUGGUGGCUGGGAGUGCAACUGUAGAUAUGUAUGCGAAAUGUAAGAAACUGAAGGAAUCUUUAAGCUUUUUUGAUGAAAUGCCCGUGAAGAAUUGGGUUUCUUGGAGUGCUUUGAUUGCUGGUUGUGUUCAAAAUGAUGAGUUCUUGGGUGGUUUGAAACUAUUUAAGAAUAUGCAAAAGAACGGGUUUGGAGUUAGCCAAUCGACUUAUGCUAGUGUUUUCCGGUCAUGUGCAGGCUUAUCUGCGUUAAGAUUCGGUUCUCAAUUACAUGCCCAUUCCUUAAAGAUGAAUUUCGGUUCCGAUACUAUAGUAGGAACUGCAACUUUGGAUAUGUAUGCAAAAUGUGGCAGGUUAUGUGAUGCCAAAACUCUAUUUCGCACGUUAUCAAUCCAUAAUCGACAAUCGUAUAACGCCAUUAUAAUAGGCUGUGCUCGUGUUGAUCAAGGAUUUAAAGCUUUGCAGCUGUUUCAUGAUCUGAUCAACACUGAUCUUGGUUUUGAUGACAUUACUUUAUCAGGUGCGUUUAGUGCGUGUGCAGUGAUCAAAGCGUAUAUGUUUGGCGUGCAAUUACAUGGGUUAACGAUUAAGAGUAUGUUCUGCUCUAAUGUUUGUGUCGAGAAUGCGAUUCUUGAUAUGUAUGGAAAGUGUGGAGCUUUGUGUGAAGCACGUUGGGUGUUUGACGAGAUGGAAAUAAGAGAUGCGGUUUCUUGGAAUGCAAUUAUUGCCGCUUAUGAGCAAAAUGGAAACGUAGAUGAAACGCUUCAUCUGCUUGUUUGGAUGCUAAGUUCGGGUAUGGAACCUGAUGAAUUCACUUUCGGUAGUGUCUUGAAAGCUUGUGCUGGUCUACAAGUAUUAAAUUACGGGAUGGAAAUUCACGGAAGGAUCUUGAAAUCAGGGAUGGGUUUGGAGCCGUUUGUUGGGAGCACGCUCGUAGAUAUGUAUUGUAAAUGUGCGAAAGUUGAAGAUGCGGAGAAGCUUCAUGAACGAAUGAAGGAACAAACAAUGGUUUCUUGGAACGCAAUCAUUUCGGGGUUUUCAAAUCAAGAAGAAGGCGAAUUAGCCCAAAGAUUCUUUUCUCAAAUGUUGGAAACGGGAACGAAGCCUGAUAACUUCACGUUUGCAACAGUUCUCGACACUUGUGCGAAUCUGGCGACCGUCAAUCUCGGAAGACAAGUUCAUGCCCAAAUCAUCAAACAAGAAAUGCAAUCCGACGUGUUCAUUUGCAGCACUCUUGUCGACAUGUACUCGAAAUGUGGCAACAUGCAAGAUUCAAGAUUGAUGUUUGAGAAAUCCCCAAAUCGUGAUUUCGUCACAUGGAACGCCAUGAUCUGUGGAUACGCUCACCACGGACUCGGAAACGAUGCUAUAACUCUUUUCGAAUCCAUGAAACUCAACAACGUGAAGCCAAACCACGCCACUUUCGUGUCGGUCCUUCGAGCAUGCGCACACGUGGGGCUUGUCGAAAAAGGUUUGCAAUACUUUAACACAAUGCUUAGUGACUAUGGAUUAAAACCUCAAUUAGAACACUAUGCAUGCAUGGUUGAUAUCUUAGGCCGUUCGGGUCAAGUCAACAAGGCCUUAAAGCUUAUAAACGAAAUGCCCGUUGAAGCUGAUGAUGUUAUUUGGAGAUCACUUCUCGGGAUUUGCAAGUUACAAAGGAAUGUGGACGUGGCCGAAGAGGCCGCAAGUUCGCUUCUUCGGCUGGAUCCACAAGACUCUAGUGCAUAUGUACUUUUAGCCAAUAUUUAUGCUGAUGUUGGUAUGUGGGAAGAGAUGUCAAAGAUUAGAAAGAAAAUGAGAAAUAUUGGGUUGAAGAAAGAACCAGGUUGUAGUUGGAUUGAAGUGAAGUCUGAGUUGCACAUGUUUACUAUUGGGGAUAAAGCUCAUCCUAGAUGCAAAGACAUCUAUGAGAAGUUGGAUGAGUUAACAAGGGAGAUGGCAUUCAAUGAUGAGGAGGUACAAGAAGAACAACAAGAUUUACGGUUUGUCUUCACGGAAACAACUGCUCUACUUUUUGGGAUAGAGGACAUGUCUGUAUAUUGAUUUUUGCAUUCAAUAAUGAGGAGGUA